AUGCCCAGUGAUAGAGACGAAGAAUUGCCCUACAUUACAUCAGAUGAAGUCAAUGACUAUCUAGCUGAAUACACAUUAGAAGGUAAAUGGUACAAGGUCGUUGAAAUGUACUAUGAAUUCCACGAUGCUCACACCGCAAUGAUCAACGAAUCAGUGGGCACAGCACUACACGUGGCCGUUGAUUUGGACGAAGAAAGCGUUGUUAGGGAUCUUAUCAACGCAAUCAUAACUCAUCACGUUAACAUUAAGGCUCUGGAAACGGUGAACGAGCGAGGGGAUACCCCUCUACACGUGGCAGCAUCAAGGGGCUUUGCUAAAAUAUGUAGAUACAUUAUAGGGGAAAAUAAUGAGAGGAUAUAUUUGGCGAGUAGGAAGAACAAACAUGGAGAGACACCACUGUUCCAAGCUGCUAUUAACUGGCAGAAACAAGCCUUUGCUUAUCUCUCUCACAUUUCCAGAAACAGUGCUCCUUUGGCUGAUCUUGUGCGUGACAAUGGUGACACCAUUCUUCACUGUGCUAUUAGGAGAGAAUAUUUCGAUUUAGCAGUGACAAUAGUGCAUUAUUAUGAUUUCCUAAGCACACAUAUGAAUAAAGACGGAUUCACUCCUCUCAAAAUCCUAGCCACUAGGCCAUCGGCUUUCAAAAGUGCAAGCCACCUUUCAUGGUGGAAGCGAAUCCUGUACCACUGUAUACUUACAGAACCACUGGAUCCUGAAAAAGCAAUGAAGUCGAAUUUGGGAAAGAUGGAGAAGCGUCCGAAUUCUGAUAAAGAUAAAUAUCCAAAGAACUACGCCACACUAUAUGACUUCUUCUCUGAAGCGUUCAAUGUUGGUUCUCUAUUAAUUGGCAAAAUACCUACGAAAAAGAAUAAGCAUGACACAGAAGACCCACCAAACAAUAAACAGACGAACUGUACAAUAGGAUUCGGAACUCCUCAUGAGGUUGGGUUUUUGCCACCAAACUAUGAAACUUUUCAACAAUUUGUCAAGAGUGCAUACGUGCAUAUUCUUGGACUGUCAGGAGUGGAGUUAAAGGAUGUAAAGAAGAUAAAAAAGAGGCAUCAAUGGAGUGGUCAACUCUUGAAGGCACUAAUGAAAAGACCUUAUGCAGCAUACACUGGGGGUGGAGGUGUACCCACUGAUAUCAAAGUUGAAGCAGAUAUGUAUAAUGUUUAUAGCCAAUAUAAGCAAGGAGAAAUUAGCAGCUUGGAAUGGUUGGAAGAAGAUGAAGAAACACCACAACAAGCGAGUGGUGGAAAAACAGAAACUUCAAGUGGAAGUGACACAAAGAAGGAAAUGGAGCUUGAAAAUGAGAAGAAAAUAGACAAAAAGGAGACACCAUUUUUGGUUGCAGCAAGAAAUGGAAUAGUUGAAAUGGUGAAUGAGAUUCUAUCUCGAAUACCAAGUGUCAUCCAUAACACAAACUCAAAGAAAGAAAAUGUGUUGCUUGUGGCAGUGGUGAACAGGCAACCCCUUGUUGUUCAGAGUUUGAAAAUGAGAAUGGAGUCAAAACGAGAAGUUUGGAAUAACUUACUUUUGGCAGUAGAUGAAAACGAGAACACCAUGUUGCACUUGGCAGCAUACGCUCCAGGUGGUGAUAAGCCAUGGCAGAUAGCUGGAUCUGCCUUACAAAUGAUGUGGGACAUAAAGUGGUUUCAGUAUAUCAAAAGCCUCGUACCACAACACUUCUAUUUUAGAAGUGACAGAGAUGGGAAAACCGCUGGGGAAAUUUUCAAGGACUCGCAUAAAGAUCUUGUAAGGGAAAGUAGUGAAUGGCUGAAGGAGACAUCUGAAUCAUGUUCUGUUGUAGCUGCACUUGUUGCUGGUGUUUCCUUUGCUACAGCAAGUGCUAUCCCUGGUGGCACCAACGACGAGGGUAAGCCUAAUUUAGAAGGAAAGCCGGCAUUUGAUGUAUUCGCUAUUGCUUCAUUAGUUGGACUAUGGUUCUCUGUCACUGGUCUCAUAAUGUUCCUUUCGAUACUCACUUCUCGAAAAGAAGCCAAAGAUUUUCGCAAAGACUUGCCACUGAAACUUCUUCUUGGCUUAAGUUCUCUCUUUGUAUCCAUUGCUGCAAUGUUUGUUUCUUUUUGCACUGGUCAUUUUUUUCUGCUUAGUCACAAGUACAAGAUGGUGUUGUACCCCGUUUAUGCAGCUACUAGUUUGCCUGUGACUUUCUAUGCCGUGGCACAGUUUCCACUAUACUUUGAUCUUCUAACAGCAAUUUUAGUUAAGGUGCCACUGGCGAGCGAUAAAGGUGACAAUUUAUAG